CAGAGAGAAGUAGAAUGGAGUAUAUGAAAGACCAUUUUGUACAAAUGAUUAUAUUUUGUUGCCUACAUUGGCUUUAAUUUUGUUUAUGGAUGCCUGAAAACUUAUUUCUACUUUGAUUUUACUCCCCAGAACAUUUAACUUGCUACAAAUAUGCUUCGAGUCAGAUGAGAUGAAGCACAGCAUGGGAAUACAUCUCAAAGGAGCAACAUGAAAAUGAUGAGUUCAUCUGAGCUUAAACUGGACUGCAGACACCACCUAUGAAAUGCAUCCUUACAGAUAUGUUUGGGCAAUGGAAACUGAUUAGUGUUACAAUCCCAGACUCAAACAUUCAGAUUUCAUUCAGCCAUGUGGAAAAUAGAUGCAAACUGCAUUUUGGUGCUCAAUGGCCAACUAUCACAUGGAAGAUGAGGGGAGGGCCUUAAGACCCCAAUGAAGAAAAUGAGUAUAAACAUGAGUAAGUCCAGAGAUACAAGCACAUUAUUGGACAGCAUUCUGUGAGUAUGUUAGUUGCUUAUUUAUCUCAACAAGACUGCAUGGCACCUAACAUGACUGAGAACAUAAUUGUGUAGAUUCAUCUUAAAUUCAAAAUGAAUUCAAAGCAUUUCAAAAUGGUUAUAAAUCAUUUGGGAGAAGAGUACCAUGGAAAAACUAGAAGAAAGCAAAUAUUCAUUGAGCAGAAGAAGAGGAGGGUCUGCACAGAAUGGAGAAAAACAUGUUCUCGCUUGGCGGCACAGAGCAGGAGGAGGAAAGAGAGCCAGCUGUUCAAGGAGUUAACUGCUUUGUUGCCCCUGGACUCGAGUAUGGAUGGUCAGCGAGACAAAGCUUCUGUCAUAAGACUCACAAUCGCAUACAUGCACCUGAGAGGCCUUCUCAACUCCUCUGCUCUUCCUAUGAUGACAAAGUCCUCUCCAUCUUUACCAGGAGUUUCGGCUAAAUCUCAUGAGAGGGGGUUGCUUGAUUCUGCCCUCGGAGGCUUUGUGGUGUUGUUGUCUUUGAAUGGCAAGGUCAUCUUCACCACUAAGAAUGUCACUACACACACUGGAAUUAACCAGAUGGAUUUGAUUGGAAGAAGUUUGUUCGAGUUUAUGCAUCCAUGUGAUCAGGUGGAGGUGAAAGAUAUCCUCACAAGACUGAUUGGAAACCAAGGAUGGCAGGACUGUGAAGUCUUCCUCAGAAUAAAAAGUGGAGUAAACCAGAAGCUGGCUUCAUGGAAAAUUAUUCAGUGCACUGGAAAGAAAAAGUCAUCUAGUACAUCAGGAUCCAGCUGUCUGGUUCUUCAAUGCAGGGCUCUGCCAAUGGAGGAAAUCAUUGAAAUGGAUGCAACGCUGAAUAUAAGUGCAUUUCUGAGCGUCCACAGCCCUGACAUGAAGUUUACCUACUGCCACUCAAGAGUUGUGAAGUUGAUUGGCUUUAGAGACACGGAGCUGAUUGGCCAAUCCGUGUACCAGUACUAUCACCCAUCUGACUGCCAGCAAAUCCACAAAGCACACAUCUGCUUGCUCUCCAAGGGACAAGCGUCGACUGGGAAAUAUCGACUACUGCACAGAGAUGGUGGCUAUGUGUGGGCAGAGACAGACGCGUCAGUGGUGUGUAACAGUCGCACUGGCACACCAGAGAGUGUCGUCUGCAUCAAUUACAUUCUUAGAUCAUCACCAACACAUCCCCUGUCCAUGUACUGUAUGUUUCACUACAGCGGAAUAGAGCAGCCCGAUGUGGCAUUUUUACUGGAGCAGACAAAGCAACUGCUGAAACCAUUUGACUCCCUUUGCUCAGAACACCAGACUGUCCCGCUGUCUGCAGCCCUGCAAGAUGGACACAGUCCCAGAACCGGAACAACAGCAAUCCAACACAACAAUUUGGAAGCAUCCCAAAACCAAAGAGGGGGUAACAGACAGGAAGAUCAUGAAUGCUCCGAGAUGACACAUAAAACUGAGGGGUGCUGCCAUUUUAUGUGUGAUCUGUGCGAGCUAGACUUAGACAGUUUGGCACCAUAUAUUCCCAUGCAUGGAGAAGACUUUCUGCUUACUCCCAUUUAUGACGGGACAAUGGAUAGCCCUGAACUGAAUGUGUAUGGUCUAUCACUAGACAGUCCACAAUCUAAACUCAACCCUCAAUUUCAAAAUCUUGAGGGAACAGUCUUCGUACCUGUGAAGAGCCUUACACACACCCAACAAAGCAUCAGUCACUAUUUUCAAACAAACAGGUUCAGCGAUACAUCUAAGCUGAUAUCAACCAAGCAGUGGAAUGACAGCCAAGAAAUUGUGAACAGAAUUUCAAAGAUUCAGUAUAAUUACCAACCCCUCUCAACUGAAAGUGAGACUCGUCAUUGGAGGAAAAACAUGAAAGUCUUGCAACAUCCCAGUAGAACACACUAUAACUAUGAUGGAUCAACAACAAUACCAUGUGGCAGAGUCCAGAAUACACUGGGAUCAAAGUUCAAAUCACUUCAGGUCUCAAAGAAUCCCAUGCAUCAUGAAGUGGCUUCUCCUCAGAACAGAAGACAUCACACUGAUGGGAAAAUACACCCAACACCUUUCACUCUGCCUGUGCUGAGCAGGUGGGAGUGUGAGGUCAACGCUCCUCUUGACCCCACGUCUUAUUUGCUCCAAGGGAAUGAACUUACAGCUGUUCUGGACCAAGUGGCUUCAAGAGUGCCUUUGUGGUGACAUGAAACAAAAUACAUAGAUCUACAAUGGACAUUUUGAUACAG